UUUUAUCUCCAGUGAAAUGCACAGUUGUAGUUGUGUAUAAACGCCAUGCUUAACAUUUCUUUGUACAACCUUUAUGCUAUCAAUACAUAUAUUUUAAUAUAUAUCUACGCUUGUGGCUCUGGCUUAGUAUGGAAAAAUAUUUUUGUUCAUGUUGGUAGCAGCACUGGUUUUGGUCGAUCGGUAUGGCAGUCCCUGUAAACGAAUAAAGUGAAUUACAAACAAAAUACUAUUUAUUUCGGGGGAAUUUCAGACAAGUUAAGCGGUACUUCAUAAGAGGAGCGAGACAUUUAUAGAAUUGAAAAAUAAAAAACUAUAUAUAUAUAUAUAUAUACAUAUAUUUUUAAUUGUGAUUGAAACAGCAUAUGUGGCUAUCAUGAUACCAAUGCAACUAAUUUUUGGCAUCGGCUGCGCAAUUGUAGCUGCAGCCGCUGUAGUUUAUUUCAGUCAAACGUCGCCUCAACGGCCUCACUCGAGAGCAGCCCGACACGAUUACGUCGAUCGUAAUGAUAGCAGCUACAUAGAUAGCAAUAACCCGAGGGUUCGCGACAGCCAACCUGGCGACAUGUGUUAUUUUUGUCAUAGGGAAAUGACCAAAGAGUCGAUGCAUGUAAUGAACUGUGCCCAUGCGCUGUGCAAGCAGUGCUUUGCUUCUUAUCGCAAGUGGCGUCGGGAUUGUCCGUUUUGCGAGCGAAUCGUGAUACGUAUCGAUCUGCCCGGCGAAGCUUGUGCGAUCUGCCGUGAGCCCAUGAAACUGGAUACCAUGGAUUAUUUACCAUGUGAGCAUGCGCUUCACAAAGUGUGCCUGCAGUUAUAUAAGAACAACAAUUAUAAGACUUGUCCUGUUUGCUUGCGCAAACUUGACAAUAUAAGCUGAUUACAAUGUAAACUAAAGCAAUACUAAAUGAAACUGAAAAUGGCACAAACUUAGUUAUAGCUAUAAAUAUAUAAUAAGCCUGUCUGCAUCUUCAUUGGUAAAAUCAAAAAAUAUAUAAGAAUUAACCCAAUUACGAGCUGCAAACUAAUCGUGCCACGCUAGUUUGACUACAAGGAUAUAUAGUAGUGUAGAAUGUUAAUCGUCAAAAUAUAAGCGGACAGGUUUACUAAUAUAUUAAAGAAUUAAUUAACAAAAAAGAGAUCAAUAAUUUAAAAAGUGAAACUAUUAAACUGAAGAGAGAAAUAUAUAAUAUUUAGGAGCUUAUUAUGUC